AUGUCUCGAUUUGUCAAUACCCUGAUCCACACCCUUCAUUUGUACGCCAUCUUAGCAGCUGCUGAGGAAAAUCACACUCCAGAGCCUAUCGAGCUAAUCAGAGAUGUUGCAAUUAUCGGCGGAGGCGCGUCGGGUACAUAUGCCGCUGUUCGACUUCGUGAGGACUUGAACACAAGCAUGGUGCUCAUCGAACCCAGACCAAACCUAGGAGGUCAUACCAGUACCUACUAUAUUCCCGAAACCAACGCUUCGGUUAAUUUCGGAGUCCAAAGUUACUUGCCAUACGGGCCAGCUAUCGAUUUCUUUGCCCGCUUUGGAAUCGCCACGGCGAUUCCUACUAAUCAGAGAUUGACUGCCCUAAAUGUUGACGUCGAGACUGGUGAGAUAUUGGAGGACUACAGCGCUCCGAGUACGAAUGCGACCAACGAAGCAUUCCAACGAUGGCUUGCCAUUACGUCAAAAUAUGAAGAAAUCCUAGAGCCCGGUUACUGGGACUUUCCGUCUCCAGCGGACAUUCCUGCGGAUUUACUCACGCCUUUCGGUGAAUUCGCGAAGCUCAAUAGGUUAGAAGCUGCCGUCCCACGCAUAGUGACAGUAUCUGGGGUGGGGUAUGGUGGUAUCAGCGGUCUCUUGACUCUCAAUGUCUUACAGGCUUUUGGAGCGUCGCUUACGAAAGACCUAUUGAGGGGUACCCUUUUCAAACCGGUUGACAAUAACAGUAUUCUCUACGAACGCGCACUCCAGCUCCUCAAAACGGACGUACUGUUAUCGAGCACUGUUCAGAACGCGAAGCGAACUGCGAACGGAGUGGAGCUGUCAGUCAAGCAAGGAGAUACCAACUACGUCAUCAAAGCACGUCGCGUUCUAUACACUGCAGGGCCAAGCCUGGAUAAUCUGGCACCUUUCCAUCUCGAUGAAAAGGAAACUGCUACUUUCUCGAAAUGGAUCAAAGGAGCCGAAUUCGUAGCAGUUUUGAAGGCGUCUUGCCUACCGGAGAAUCACUCGAUCACAUAUUUACCUUCAGCAGCAGUACCGGCUGAUCAGCUUGCAAUCAAGGACUGGCCAUAUAGUCUGCGUCUAGACUCAACAGGGCCUCCAGGCCAAGGUCUUUUCCGCGUGAUCUUCGGCGCCAACUACACGGUUACUAAGGACGAAUUCUCCAGCCUAGUCUUGAAAAGUGUGGGAGAUAUUCAGAAUGCAGGAACUGUUGCAUCAAACUGCGAAGCGGAAUUCAAGGCCGUCUCAGAUCAUAGCCGGCCUUGGUGGCCGCAGUCAGCUGAGCAGUUACGAGCAGGUUUCGUACAAGAUUUAUAUGCUUUGCAAGGGUAUAAGGGCAUGUGGUACACCGGAUAUGCUUGGGGGGCACAGUACAGCUCCACUGUUUGGGCUUUCACUGACACUGUCCUCGAGAAACUGUUAGGAGAUCUGAAGAACGGGAGCUAA